UGUUCCAUUGUUUAUUUGUGCAUUUUAGUAAUUUUAUCGAUCGUUGCAACUUGUUAUUCAAGUUUAGUCACAGUUAAUUAAACUUAAACUAUAGCAAUGGCAAAUAUAGUAAUAAAUAACAUUUUCACAUCGUUUCAAGAAUUUCUGGACAAUGAACAAGAUGCCAGAGAGCAAAUCCGGUCAAUCGUCAAUGAAAUUGAUAAGGUUGCUAGGGAGAUUAUGAUGACUAUGCAGGUGAUCCAUCAAGACAAUGGUCUAAGUGAGAUUCCCAAUUGUUGCUCAAAGGCCAGAGAAUUAUAUCAGAAUGUUAGAAAUGGUUUUGAGAAACUUGCAGCUCUUAUACCUGCAGGUCAAUAUUACAGAUACUAUGAACACUGGAGGAGGGUGGCACAAAAAUUGUGCUUCUUGAUCUCCCUGGUAGUCUUCUUAGAAGUAGGAAUGUUGAUUUCCAAAGAAACUGCUGCAUCUGUAUUAGGAAUUAAGAAUGAUGCCAAGGAAGGAUUCCAUUUAGAAUUGGAAGAUUAUUUAAUGGGAAUAUUGAAUUUAUCAUCAGAAUUGGCAAGGCUGGCCGUGAAUUCUGUUACGUGCGGAGAUUAUACGAAACCUUUUCAAAUAUCUGAGUUUGUCGCCGAAUUGAACGCAGGUUUCAGAUUAUUGAACAUGAAAAAUGAUUCGUUAAGGAAGCGCUAUGAUGUUCUGAAGUAUGAUGUAAAAAAGAUCGAGGAGGUUGUUUACGAUUUAAGUAUUCGCGGAUUGAAACCUUAAACGCUACCGGUUUUCAAGUAUUUGUACAACUAUAAUAUAUAACAUAAGUUCAAGCAUUUAUAAUUCUUUAGAAUAUACAGGUCCAAUAUUGACUAAAAAAGAAGU